AUAGAGCUCGAGAAGGACGAUUACAUCCUGAACGUCGUCGCCACGAGUCUGGAGAAAAUGACAAUCGUGUUUUAACAGUUCUCGCAGUCGUUCACCUUAAUCCUCACAUUAGUUCUCGAGAAAUUGAAAGACAACAUGGAAUACCAAAAUCAACAGUUCUUAGGAUCCUCAAAGCCCAAAGAUGAAGCAACUUUUAAAAACACUGGGGAACUAAACAGGCAUAACUGUCAUUACUGGUCAGAUGUGAAUCCACUUUGGCACAGAACAGUUGAUAAUCAACAUCGUUGGAGUUUAAACGUUUGGUGUGGAAUUGUAAAUGGAUAUGUAAUUGGUCCUUAUUUUUUUAACGGUAAUGUCAACCAACACAAUUUUUUGGAAUUUUUGAGAGACCAUUUACCUGGCUUGCUUGAAGAGGUCGAUUUAGAGACCAGGCAAAGAAUUUGGGUGCAAUUGGAUGGUGCACCACCACAUUUUGCACGGAUUUUAAGAACCUUUCUUAACGAACGGUACCCAAACCAAUGGAUUGGACGUGGAGGUCCAGUUGCAUGGCCUCCUAACUCGCCUGACCUAACUUCACCUGACUUUUACCUUUGGGGAUAUUUGAAAAACACUUGUUACGAACAGCUACAGCAAGACAUGAUGAAACGGAUACGAACAGAUUGUGCAGAAAUUCCACGAAAUGUCUUGCUUUCCACGGUAAGACAUUUUUUGAGAAGAAUUCAACUUUGUAUCGACGCAAACGGUCGUCAGUUUGAGCACAUACUCAAUGGUUAGAAGUGAGAGGCAAGGGGACUCACUGUAAUAAAGCACCCCAAAGGAAACAUAAUCCUAUUACGUCUGCGUCGUUGUUUCUGGGUAACGCUAAAAAUAGGAAGUAAAAAGCUUUG